AUGGAAGAUUUCAGUAUACAUUCAGUCGUAAAGAAUUAUAAUCAUGAAGAAAUUUGUAGCAAUAUCACGCCUCUCUUGUCGCCCGCUAGAAUUUCAGUAAUUGGGUACAAUCCGCAGCUGAAAUGCGCACUCUUAUGCUCCAAAUAUCACUAUCAUGUGUUGAACCUUGCGAAGAGUGUUGGAGGAAACGAAGCCUACAAGUUUUCUGAUAGUGAUGUUUGCCGUCGCGAAAGAACGACGAAUUUCGAGCACAAGUUCGACCCUUCCGUUGUCAAAUUCAGUAAUGAAAAAUACUCUGGUCUUUUUGCCACGCUGUGCAAAACUGAAAUGAUUGAAGUCAAUCAACUAGUGCCGACAUUGAACGAGGAAACUCUGACUCAAAGUUAUUCUGUUAGAAGGCUUCUGGCAGAAAAUAAUCGGCCGAUUUCCCACUCGAGAUAUGUUAAUGACAUCGCUUGGUCCAAUAAGGGGAAUAAGUUGGCUUCAGUUUGCAAGGAUUCAAAUUUAAAAGUCUGGAGCGUUACUGAAGACUCGAUCAAGCUAGUGAAUCGAUUCAAUACUGUCAGUCAAGCUUCUUUUGUUAGAUGGGAUACAAAAGAAAACAACAGACUCGCGACAACAAUCGAUCGUCAGCUUAAAUUUUGGGAUCUUCGACAACUGCGCCAAGCAUGCGAGUGGUUUUACAUGGAUGAUCAGCGAGCCAACAACAUCGCCAAAUCCAUCGAUAUUAACGAAAACUAUGUUCUAUCUUUGAUGACCCAAGGAGGCGCGGCGAACAAGCCCGUUCUCUGUGUCCAUGAUCGUAGACGCCCGUUGGAAGGUGACACGAGUAAGCGAACGAAAAAGAUGAAGCUUUUCUCGACUACUGUUCCUGGCGCGCGGGAGGCAAGAUUCUCUGCCGAUGGAAAACAUGUGUUGGUUUUGGUCGACGAUGGUCGAGAUUCCGAAACGACCUUUGCUCACGUGCCAAUGGGUCGAUCAUCGGCAAACAGUCAAUACAGAAGCAGCUCGAUAAAAAUAUUCAGCAUCGAUGGCCCGCAGCAAUCAGCAAAUCAUAAUAUUCCGAAACAACCGAUUUCUUCCAUCUCCUCGCAAAGUAUGAUCAUCAAUUGGCAACAGAUUGUGAAUGGAGGUGAUGAUGGAGAUUCUCGCAUUAUCGGAUUCACCAAAGAACUCGAUGCUGUUGAUAGAGUCCACCAAAUAAACUUCCAUCGGUGGAAAUACAAACUGACAGAUGACGACGACGAAGAUAUGUUCAAAGAUUUUCAAGCCACUUCUGAUCUUGGCAAUGAAACGCUUCACGAAAACUCUGAGAAUCCUGACAAAUCUACAGUUCUUGACGCGUUGCUGAGAGAUCUGGAAGGAGAAGUGACAUUGAUAAGGAAAAACAAUCAGUAUGGAAUUCAAAUCUCCAAAGAAAUUGGAGAGGGUGCUGUUGUUGUUAAAUUCACAACGAACACGCACGUCAAAGUUUCCCUUCUUGUGCCAGAAGGUUAUCCAAAAAGUGCGAUGCCUUCUUUACUUUCUGCAGCGGUCCCCGCUUACACCGCUGAUGAGCAAAUUGAAUUCAAAAAGGAUCUCGAGCAGACGAUCAGGAUGAAAACUGGGAAAUUUGUUUUGGAAUCGAUUUAUAUAAAACUAUCGGAAGUGGUCCGAUCGCUGAGGAACUCAAACUCGGAAUCUGUUGUCUCUGUCAGAAGCGAAGCUCUGAAAGUACCAACAGCGUCUGUGCCUGUUCGACCUGGUCCAGGCCCGACUUUUUCAAAGCAUGAAAUGAAGAAUGCUCCUUUCCCUGCUCGGUGUGGGACAUGCUGGUGUUCAGAUAAACUCGUAGUCUGGGCGAAUAAGAAAGUUUCUUUUCCGUCCGAAUUACCGAUCAUUCCAAGCCAGAGUUUCAACAUAAAAAGGCAUUCAGUCACAGCUGAACACGGCAGAGCCGCGCAAAUGCAGGGAUUUACGUAUCAGUACUUCUUCAAUCUCGCCCAACCGAAGCUUGGAGAAUCUACUGAUCAUUCCCCGAGAUCAAGAGUGCCGUAUUUGAGAAACAUCGGUCUCACACGACAAGGAUCAAUCGACGGAAGACAAGUUCAGAAUCUUCAAAAAUAUCCUCCUCUUCGAGUUGAGCUCCACUCAAUUGCCCCUCUCACGAAUCUGUCCCGUGUUCUUGCGGAGAGAUACUCGAUUCCAACAAUUUCUGAGAACAUGGCGAUUAUUCAGCCGUCUGAAAUCUACAGACUAGAUGAUGUGUUUCGAAUAGAAUUGGUCAAGCGCAAUUUAGCCGUGGCUAAGGCCCAUAUCAAGAGCAUCAGCGAUGAGUCUUUUGGCUACAGCGUUAUUGUCUGGUCGACACUGCGCACCAUUCUCCAGUAUUGGCAGAAUUUCAUUGAGAAAUCAGCUGCUUUGCAGGAAGAAAACUUGUUCAACUUCAAAUUUCACUGGCUGCCAAAUGCGAGAAUGAUUAUUGAAAAAAUAAUUCUAACCGGCGACAAGAAAAUUGAAACACAAACCUUGGCAAUCCUUGCUUCUUAUUUAUCUUCCGUCCCGUAUUUCGAAGAUAACUGGACUCAAGAAAUAAAUCAAAAGUCGCUCAUUUCGCUAUUGAAGCUCUCUCCACCAACUGUGCAAAUAUUGCACACGCAUGUCCAGCAGUACUCAAGAAUUCUCGACAGCUGGAAGAUGUUUUUCGAAAGAACAAAGCUUGUUAAGUCUAUGUUUGCAGAAACCAUGAUCCAAAGCCAUUUAACCGACAAAUCACGUUUGUCUCCCGCAUCUAAAGAAAUGAAGUCUUCCCGAAGCUUCCACGACCGAGAACGACAAAAUAAAAAGAUCACCAAGCUGCUUGGUAUGAAUCCACCGAUCGAAAACAUAGAAGACUCACACUGCCAAUGCGAAAGAUGCAACAAGUGUAAUUUACUCGCAAAUAUCAAAUGCACAAUUUGCAGGCAAGAUAUUCUUGGGCUAAGUUGGUGCUGCGUCAAAUGCAAUCACAACAGUCACAUUGCCUGUCAAGAACAGUGGUUCGAUCAGCGCGAACGAUGUCCAAACCAAGCCUGCUUUUGCGAAUGUAAAACUAUUCUCGACGAUGACAGCAUCUAA